AAAGACAUCUGCUAAUCUAUAUGCAAUAAAUUAAAAAUUGAACAAAUAAAAACCAGAAAAAAAAAAAAAGAAUUAUACGAAGUAUUUUCAAAACUUAGCGCAGAGGAAAUUAAUAAAGCGGCUGAGACCAAACGGCCCCUAGGGUUUAAGGUAUUUGUCGAAGAAAGCACGAAAAUCCGAGAGCGACCACCGUCACCAAAAAUGUCGAAGAAAAACGAUUUGGGUCGCCGGAAAAGACAGCACGAGUUCAAUCUAAAGAAGGAAAAAGAAGAGAAAGAAAAGCUACAGAAGAAGCUACAAGCAAAAAAGAACAAGAUGAAGGUGGAUGGUAAGGACAAGAAAAAGAAAGGUGGAAGUGGAUUUCAAGUGGGGAAGAAAAAAUUGAAGACAAAGAUGACUCCAUUGGCCAAAGCUAAAGCUGCACAAGCAAUGGAGAUUGAAAAAUGAGAUUAUGCUGUAAUUUAUUUCAGGUGUAUGUAUGCGGGAUUAUCAAUCAGAAAGCUCUGAUUGAUUCUAGAUCACUGUAUUAAUCCUCCUCGUUCUCUCUCAUAGUUUGGUAUUUGAAAUUGAAGCCUUUUACAGUCUUUCUUCUGCAAUUAACGAUAGAGAGUUGAUAUUUGUUCA